AUGAUUGCCCAGGUUGUCGGUUUCGACAAGGACUUAGUCCUUCCGUCCAUUCUUGUAGCCUUCUCGGUUCUUGCUGGAUAUGUCGCUAUCCAAUCCAUCUACUAUUUCUACUUCCACCCACUGGCUUCACUCCCUGGCCCUUUCUUUGCGCGUAUCACAGACCUCUAUGGCGGGUAUCAUGCCUGGACUGGACGACACCACUAUCAUCUCUACGAGCUUCACAAAAAAUAUGGUCCUGUUAUUCGGUACGGUCCAAAUCGUGUUUCCUUCAACUCUGCCACUGCUGUCAAAGAUAUUUAUGGUGCAACAAAGCCUCUCCGCAAGUCCGCUGGUUAUCGAGCCCUGCUUCUAAGUGGGAACGUUUUCAGUCUCUUCACAUCCAUCGACAAAUCUUUCCAUGGGAAGCGAAGGAGAAUCAUGUCACAUGGGUUUAGCGAUGCAGCUCUUCGUAGCUACGAACCCAUUGUCCAGGAACGUAUCGACAAGUUCCUUGAGAUCCUCACCAAGGAAGCCGGAGCUGAUGGCUGGGGUGCAUCCAAGAAUAUGUCUCGUCUCUGCGCUGGUCUGACCUUUGACGUUAUGGGUGCUUUGGUGUUCGGACAACCAUUCAAAAUCCUUGAGGAUGAGAGUGGUUUGUCGUAUGUCAUCGAUGCCAUUAUUUCAGCCAGCCGUAGCGUGGGCGUUAUGGUUCACCUCCCCGUCUUUGGCAAGAAUAAUAUUCUUUUCAAGAUCCGAGGCUUGUUCCGUCUUCUCUUCCUGAGUUUGAAAGAUCUAAAGAACAUUAAGGCGUUCUUAGCUCUUAGUGCAAAGUUGACUAGAGAGAGGACCGCCCAGGAAGCCGCGAAAACUGCUGGUGAGGAUAUCGUCAAGGCCCAAGGUGUCCCUAACAAGGAUAUUCUCGGUUGGAUUCUUGCCGCUACCGAUCCAGAAACAGGUGAACAUCUCAGUCUUAGUGAUGUCUGGGGAGAAGCCCGUGUCUUGAUUAUCGCUGGCUCCGAUACGACUUCGACAUCACUCUCUGGUGCUCUCUAUUACCUCAGUCGUAACCCUGUUAUUCUGAACAAGCUCCGUACCGAACUUCGCACGACUUUCUCAUCCGAAGAUGAAAUCUGGCCAGGUCAAAAGAUCAACUCCUGUUCCUAUCUCAAGCACGUUAUUGAAGAAGCUUUGAGAAUGAGUUCUCCAGUUGGUGGUAUCCUCUGGCGUGAAGCGGCAGUCGACCAUGUUGUUCAAGGAGUUACCAUCCCUGCGGGUACCGAUUGUGGAGUUCCAGUCUACUCUAUCCACCAUCACACAGAUUACUUCCACGAUCCUCAUGUAUUCAACCCAGACCGCUGGGAUGAAAAUAUUGUUGGCGCUGAAGCUGUGGCUGCGGCUAAAUCUGCUUGGAUUCCCUUUCAGAUUGGAUCUCGUGGCUGUAUUGGCCGUCCACUGGCCAAUAUGGAACUUACCCUUACUCUCGCCAGGAUCAUCUAUAGUUUUGAAAUCCGAGUCGAUGAAAGCAAGCGCGGUGUCGGCCAAGCUGAUGUCAUUCCCGGGCACACUGAGUUCGAAACUAAAGACCAGCUCACGGCAGAAACUACCGGGCCUUUUUUGCAAUUCAAAAAGAUCGAGGCUUGA